ACAGGUUCUGGUCCACAUUCUGGUCCAUGCUCUGAUCAUUUCACACCUAGCCUACUGUUGGGGCAAAACAUAACCGUAUGUGGCUGACACCUUUGCACGUUCUUGCAUUAAAAAUAACAGGAAAUUGACUCAACUUAGUGACGUCAUCGGCGAGCGCCUCUACUGGCCUUCGAAAUGGGCUCGACUCCUUUGCCUUGAUUUCUUCAAUUGUCCCUCCGCAUAUCAACUUUUUUAUGAAGAAAAGCCUGUUCGCGAUGACAUUUGGAGGUAACUUGGCAGUCGAGGUCAGCCCGGUGAUUUCAGAACUGGUUCUUAUGCAGGCUGACUGGCCUGCACGUUUCAGUUCCUCUGCAGUACAGUAAAGGCACUUGCUUGGUCAGAGGAUUGCUAUGAAACCAGCUCAUGAGCGCAACCAGGAGUGCCUGCCUCCUAAGAAGAGAGACCUCCUAGUUUGUAACAGCAGUGCUGCUGCAGGGGCUGCAGGAGGUGGUGGCAGUGGAGCUGCGGGGGCCGGAGGAGUUGGGGCUGCAGGAGGUGGAGCUGGCAGUAGAGCUGGUGGUGGUAUUGGAGAAGAUGAAGCGGUUUCCAUCCAGAACUCUGCAACCAACAGUGACACUCAGGAAGGGGCCCCAUCUGGAGAGUGGCUGCGAGCUCAGCCAGGGCUUCAUUAUGGAGUGGAUAAUUGUGAUGGCAUAUCAGCAGUGCCAGUGGACCAGUAUGGUAUGCUCUACAAAGUGUCUCUUCCAUCUGUUACCUACUCGCCUACUAAUCUUCACCCAGUGUUAAGCCACAUCUCUCCAGCCUACACUGUACACUCCUCUCUCCUGCAGCAUUCAGGCCUUUCCUAUCCACCUCUUGGUUAUGCCCAGAUCCCUCAUUCCUCUCUCCAGUUUGUUAGUUCCCCUUAUGCAGCGGUACCUUAUGCCCUACCCCAUGGCUUUGUCCCGGGAUCAUUAAUCUCUCCCUCAGGAACCAUUCCUCAGUCCCAUGCCGUGUCCCACCUUGUUCCCUAUCCAUCGGUCAUACAGGAAGGUGUUGUUUCCCCACCUCCCCAGGCCCAGGUAGCUGCUCAUACCUUUGCCAAAGUUGCUUCAGAGCAAGCUGCCCAGCAGCACCAUGGUAAUAUAGGAGUCCUGCCCACAACAGAGCUUAGCUCUCGAGGGUUGCAAGUCUUCUAUCACUCUCAGGGCGCCAGGGCUGCCACCAGAGACCCCCACAGUGCCCAGCAGGAAUAUGAACCAGAGAUGAAUGGAGGCGAUAAAGAGCAGGGAGCUAGGGAGCUUGUCCUCGAAUCGGCCUUCGCUGCCAGAAAUGCACGUCUGCUUCAGGGAGCAUCCAACUCUUUAGCCCAGGAUUACAGCCAAGACCGAGGCUCGCUGAACCGAAGGCUUGAAGAGAGGAGCUCACCUGGCCAGCGCAGCACUCCAGACAGCGACCUGGAGGUGCAGCAGGUGGUUGGUCGUUUGACUUCGUCCAGCUACGGUGGAGUGCGAAAAGAGGUCUCCUUUGCCCCCUUGAACCUCUCUCAGGGUACCCAGAGAGCCAGAGAUGUCCAUGGAGAGGGCACAGGAGUGAUUUCCGGGCGGGCUGCGUUCACGGCCCAGGCUGUGAGUUACAAUGACCCCAGAGUGACCGGUCUCCAGCAGCAAGCGGGACAACCAGGCCAUGCUGUCAUGCUUGCCAAUGGGCAGCCAGUUCUCAUACCAUUGGAGUAUCACCUCCAGCAUCACCACCAGCCCCCACAGCAACACUACCUAGGACAGGCUAACGAUGCCUCAGCCAGCCAUGAAUCCACCACCAUGGCCUCCCCUAACGCAAGCUUUAAAGCCUCUGAUUCUUCAGCCAGAGUGUGCCUCCUUGAAAGGGCAGAGCUCACUACAGCUCAGCAGCAGCUGCCCCAGCAGCCUCCUGUCCAGCCUGCAGCAGAUGUGACUCACGCCUUAGGGUCAAGCCUCGCUCCUGCCUCGUCUCCCCCCAACCCGUCACACUUCAUGAAGGGAGCCAUUAUCCAGCUGGCGACCGGGGAACUGAAGCGUGUGGAGGACCUCCAGACUCAGGACUUUGUGCGGAGCGCCGAGGUGAGUGGAGGGCUUAAGAUCGAUUCCAGCAUGGUGGUGGACAUCCGUGUCAGCCAGCAGAGAACGGGUCUUGUGUCGCUUCACUUCACUGUGGGGGAGCAGCAGAGCAAAGUGACCAUCGAUGUACCCCCGGAGCACCCUUUCUUUGUGUUCGGGCAAGGCUGGUCGUCCUGCAACCCCGAGCGCACGGCCCAGCUCUACGGGUUGGCCUGCCAUCAUCUGCAAGUGGGGGACGUUUGUGUUUCCAUCACCCUGCAGCAGCAGCUUCAGCAACAGCAACAGAAACCACCGCAGCAGCAUCAUUCACAGCAGCAACAGAAACAGCAGAGCCUGUCCAGGACUUUGAGCAAAACCAAUGCUACGUCAAGCCACCAGCUCAUGGGGCCUCCUGCCCCCCAACAAUCACGGCCUCCGUCUCAUUUCAAGCCAGACCGCAUUCACAGAGAAAGACAGAGGGAUGGGGAAAAAGAUGCGGUUGAGAAGGAGGAAACCACACAUUUUGCAGUUGUCGGGCACUCGGAGUCGCCCAUCAGAUCAAGUAGGACCUCAGCAGAGCAUCCAAGGAGCCAGAGCAGCUACCACUUGCACACAGAGGCCUCUACUUUCGCAGGGGCAGGGAUUGGCGCCAUGCAGACUGCGCUAGGGGCUUCUCAGAGGCGCUGGUCCUCCCCUGGCCUCCAGAGAUACAGUAUGAAGGGAGACGAAGGGCCACACCCUCAAAUAAGCCCCACCGGCCACACACGGCCCUCCUUCAUCCCCCAGGAGGUGAAACUGUCCAUUGAGGGGCGCUCCAAUGCAGGGAAGUAGCAUCACAUUUGGUAGCAACGAUAGUCGACUGCCACGAAUGAGUCUGACAAGGAGAGAAAGAGGAGGAGAAGAAAAAAGAGUGCGAAUGUAGCCUCAGAAUGUUUGAGAUUUUGCACACGUAAAAUAUACAAAAGUACAAGGUCUCUGGGGAGGAGCUGGGGUUUGGUUCGGUUGUCACGCGCCCUGUGGUUUCCCAGCCAGCCGAGGUCCAACGGAGACAUCACAAGCCGAGUAGAAAGUAUGUAGCGGAUGAAAUGCCGGCCGUAGUCCUUGCACACUGCAUUUCUCUUUCCCCCUCGCCCUUCGUCAUCCCCGUUCCCAUCGCAUCCAGAACACUCCAGCUUCCUUUUUGACCACACUGUCUCUGGAAGACUACGGGCUCCGAAGCAUGUGUUCGCAGCACAGCGAAGCUGCCAACUCUGCAGGUUCUGAUGCAUUUAAAAGAUCCCAGCCCGCGAUCUUUUACCGCCUCCAUUCCUAAGAUCCCGUUUCCUUCAAAAAGCAUUUACCCAAAAAAAAAGAGAGACGCUGCUGACAUCCGCAGCUUCUGUGGCGAUGCGUCGGCCCCGUUGACGCUCGCGGUCGGUGUGUGUGUGACACGAUGCUCCUCCGGCGGGAGUCUCAAGCCUCUGCUGUGAGCCGAGACGCUCUCUCCCCUCCUUCCUUUUCAGGAACGAACGGGAUCCUCUCUCAGGCCAAGUGUGGCACGUUGCACUUGUCUUACAAUCGAAAUAGUGAAAAGUCAAUCAGUAUGUCUGUUCGUCAAUCAGUGUGUCCACUCAGAAAAGAAUCCGAUCAGACCCUCUGGUUGCCGUUGAGGGUCGUUACGGCUUCGUGUGUUUGUGUGAACGAUGCUUUGUUCUCUUUGAAGACGAGAGAUCUGUUGCAUUCCAGUAUCAUCAGUGAGAAUAUCCAUCACUUAGCAUUUCACUUGUUCUCACUUCCUAUCCUGAGGGACACCCUCCCUCCCUCCUCACUAUACCUCUAAAAUUUCCAGAACCAGACGUGGUGUCUUUUAAUGAAAUUUUAAAACAUCAUAAUUAACGGAGCCACCUGUGGGAAUGAGGAACCCCCCCCCAUCACAGCAAUAGUUAUUCUGACAGUGUGCGGCGGCUCUGCUCUCCCCAGGAGUCUCUCGCUCUGUUUCAUAUCUCUGUUCAUCCGAUGUGCGAGACCCUAUUUUUAACCCGCGGCCGUUAAAGGUGAUUCACUGUCGACGGUGUUCAUUUGAAUCAAAUCUUCAGUGUUUCUACACAAGCGAUGCGUGGUGGAAUUCUCCAAAACAAUCCGUGGAGAUGAAACCGCUUCUCUUCGAGUCUCCAUCUCACUGGUGGUAUUCUAUGUUUUACAAGUGCAUCUCCAAGAAAGGCUCGACUCUAAUCGAGUCGUGAUCGUCGUCUGUUCCGUCUUUUUGUUUCGACGCGUCGGGACGAGGAGACACUUUAUCCAGAGUAUCUGUUGAUCGUCUUGUGUUGCACAUAGAAAAUAUCACUCGUUGAUUUCACACUGACCGUGUUAAUAGGAAUCACAUUACAGUCAAUGUUUUUUUUAUGAAGGGAAUAUGUUUGAAGUAUUGUUGGUGUUGUGUGGUGAGCGUGAGAAAGAAAACUGACUUGAAUUUUGAACCCUGUUUACAAAUUAGCCAAGAUGAAUGCUGCAGUUUCCUCCUCCAGGCAAAUCUAUACAUCGUUGACACUGAUAAUAAGAAACAAAGUUUAAUUAGUAAUAAGUGCAAUUAGACCACACAUAAAAUCAUUUAGUUUUAUGAUCGGACGGCAUUCCUCAUGCAGACAUUCCAGUCAAAGAAAAAAGUAUUAAUCACACAGUUUCUUUUCUGUCAUAGAUCUUUGGGCUUACCUCUGGCAAAACAUUAGAUAUGUGUUUAAUAUUUCCUUUCAUUGGCUGUGCUCAGACAGAAUGUGUGUGUUGGACUAAUGUGCUGGUACUGCCCAUCAGCCCCAAACACUGGGAUGUCCAUACGUGUCCUCUUCAUCCUCCUUCUCGUACCUUGCAGAGUAUACAGCCGGAACCCGUCAGCGGGUAUGGAGGCCUCAAGAGAAUGAGUAUCCUCGGGUUUAGCUUGAAAGGAUAGCGUUGUAUUCUUACUUUAAGUAAUUCUCAUACGCCCGUUAAGAGUUCUUGGUCUGUGUCGUCAACACUGACCGUACAAAGACUUCUUCAUGCUUUUCAAGGUUUCUCUCGGUGGCCAGAAGGAAUGAGUACGACGAAUGACACUCAGUGUACACAUGGAAUGAGUAUUGUAUUAAAGACUUGAAAAGGAUAUGAAGCUAUCUCUUAAAGUGCUUUGCUUUCAUGUUGCCACUGUCAAAACCCCGUCUUAGAAGAUCACCACAUUGAGUCGUUUUCCUGCUUUAAGCAAUACACAUAAUACCUGAACGCAUUUCACGUAGUCUUGGCAUUUUCUAUGCAGUCAACUCAAUGUUGUGCCCUUCAUCGUCUUAAGGACGGCUCUCUGAAGCAGUUGUGUUACCCUGAUGCCGGGUGAUAGGAGUGUUGGCUUUGGAAUGAGCUUUUUUAUAGGAAUACAAACCAGUAUUUUGCUACUUUCUAUUUUUGGCUCCGUUGUCCCCAUCGCAGAUCAGUAAACCUUCGUCUUCAUCACGUUGCCACAUGUUUGGAGCCAAAUUUGGACCCAGCAGUGAGACGAGUGUCGCUUAAAUUGUCACGCGCUUGUCCAGCUUUAUAUUGGCACGAUCGCAAAGGAGCUCGAGAUGCAUUUGGUGAGAUUGAAACGGUGGUGUGUGUGUGUGUGUGUGUGUGUGUGUGUGUGUGUGUGUGUGUGUGUGUGUGUGUGUGUGUGUGUGUGUGUGUGUGUGUGUGUGUGUGUGUGUGUGUGUGUGUGUGUGUGUGUGUGUGUGAUGCUCAACUUCUUCUACCAUGAUGUCCGAUGAAUCUGAUUCACAUCACUGAUAGUCUGUUGCUGGAAGUAAUUGCACUAAAUUCCCUCCUUUUGCAGUGUUCUGAGCUUAAAACUGUUGGUAAUUUGAAGAGUUCCCAAAUGUAAAGCACACAGAACCAUGUAGAAAUUGCAGGUCUGUGUUUCUGUAGAUAGCUGUAUUUUUGUUGUGUAGGUGGCUUUGAUGAUGCUUGUUGAUAACGCCUUAAAUUCCGCUUUGUUCAAUGUGUGAAGUUGAAAUGAUGGAAUGCUUCUGUUGGGCUUGUGUUCCCUUCUCAGGCGGCACGAGAGCCAAUCACAAAUGUCAAGCUUUGACACUCUUGUCACGCCUGUAAGCAGAAAUCAAUUUUCAUAUUUCUCAAGGGGGGGGAGAGAGAUGGUGAAUUCUUUCUGGGACCGAGGCGCCUCAACCAUGAAAUCUACAACGUCGUGUUUCUGUGGCGUUUUCUUUUUUUCUUUCUUUUCUUUUUUCAUGAACUAUUCCGUAAAAAUGCAUCCUUUACUCUCAUACUUAACUUUUUUAAUUCCUGUUUUUCAAUGUGUGUAGGUGAAGUAAAUGGAAGCACUUUUCUGCACUUUUUUUUUCUCGAGAUUAUGAGAAGAGCGUCUUCAGCGGAGGGCAAUCCAUUAAUUACACACACACUCACACACACUUGUUUCUUUGUUAUUGUUGCACAAGAUCAGUAGUUUUUUUUAUCCCUAGAUUUAAUGGAUUGUGUUUGGUGUCUUGUGUUUUGUCUCUGGACAACUGAACCUAGGGGAACAAAUGGAGACGGGCUGCGUUAAUCAGAUAGCUUUCCAUUGGUGGUAACGUAACAGUUGUGAUGUUGUGGGGAGUUUUACUCCGUGUGACCGCAUCGAACUGCAAAGCUGCAUUUAGAUGAUUGUGUUGUUGCUGAUGUCCAGUUAAAUCAGGAGAAUGAUAACGGUUAAAAGUUUUAAAGAAGUCUGUAUUUUCAGAUUUUAUAUACUUUUUUUUGCCACAAAGUGACACUGCUUUUUAUGUGACGUGCAACUAUUGAAAAACAAACACAAAAAACAGCUUUUUCUCCUUAAAAAAAAAAAUAUUGCCUAAAUCUGCAAAAUAUAUGCAAUGAUGUAAAUGUAACAUUCAAUCCUCAAGUAUAAUCCAGGUUGUAUGAACUUUGUAUAGUGAGUUUUAAUAUCGUAUGGCCGUACCAAUAUGUAUUGAUCUUUAUCAGAAGCCUUAGUUGUCGACCGAAAGUGCUCCCUUAGAAUACCCCACACCUACCUGACUUUAACAAAGCAUUAAUAUCUCUAUUUUGUUGCAUUUUUAUUUGUACUGGUUUUGAAUAAAAUAGAUUUGUACUGUAUAUUUGUACCUCUCUGUGAACUACUUAGGGUGUUUUUUUGUUUUUGUUAUGCUGUUUUAAUUGUACUUUAAGGACACAAAGAUAUUGUAUUUUUACUGUUACAGCUAACUUGGAGACAUUGCAUUUAUCAUGUUUGUUAAGUAAACACAAUAUAAUAUAUAUAUAUAUACAAAUAUAAAUAUAAACUAUUAUCCAA